AUGUACGUCUCGCGCCUGCGGGGCGUAGCAGCGGCCGCCGCCCGCGAGCUGCCCCGGCGACAGCAGCAGCACUCAGCGGCAGCGAAAGCAGCAUUCGGCACCACAGCCCGGCGAUUCCAGGAAACGCCCGCCCCACCGCCGACCUCGACGACCAGCACGACCGCCAACACCCAAACGGCGCCGCAGGUCACCGAGGGCCCCGUCCCGACUGCCGUCGCCCAGUCGCCCAACCGCGCCGACGUCUGGUCCCGCACCCAGCAGCCGCGCGCGGCGGCUAUGACCGGGCCGCGGUUCGAGCAGACGGAUUUUGAGUUGCAGCCCCGGCCGUACGCCGCCAUCGAGCUCAUCCACCAGCAGCCGGUGCGGUGGACGCACGACCGCGUCGUGGCGUGUGACGGCGGCGGUGGGCCCGAGGGACACCCCCGGGUCUUUAUCAACACGGACAAGCCUGAGAUCACCCCGUGCGGGUACUGCGGGCUGCCUUUUGCAAACGAACAUCAUAGGCACCACCUCGAGUCUCUGCCGGAGACGUCGUAUCCGCUGUCGGGUUGA